AGAAAAUGGCUGACCGAUCAAUUUCUUACAGCAAAGAAUCACUUUCAAAGCUCAUAUUGCGCCACAUGGCAUUUCCCAUGAUUCCUCCGAAACACGUGAUUAAAAAUAAUCAGAGAUCUACUACCGAACUGACUGAACUCAUUUGGAGACUGACAUCCGCCAAAGCGAAAAAGCUCUCUCUCUGCUUUCCCUACCAUUACUCUGCUAUUCUUGACUCUGCUUUUCAUCAAGUCUCGUGAAAAAAACUUCACCUUCUUUUUCUGACUCCACUAAUGGAUUCUGGGUUCCUCGAUAUUUGCUGAAUAUUCUGGGUCGAUAAGUUUAGUGGCGGGAAUUCGGCAUAUUUCAGCUGGACUCUGAACGUUAAUACUUAGAUGAAGGAAGCAUGCAUGGAACCUCUAUGUGAUUUCUGUGGAGUAGUGAGAGCAGUAGUUUAUUGUAGAUCAGAUUUAGCUAGGCUUUGUUUGCAUUGUGACUCGUGCGUACACUCUGCAAAUUCCUUGUCGCGUAAACACCCUCGGUCUUUGUUGUGUGAUAUGUGCAACUCGCAGUCUGCGGUUGCCCGCUGCCUGGAUGAUAAAAUGUCUGUGUGUCAGAGUUGUGAUUUGAACGGCAACGGCUGCUCCAGUUUGGGCCACUCCCUACAGGCGUUGGAUUCUUAUUCAGGGUGUCCUUCGUUGGCUGAGUUUUCAAGGAUCUGGGCCUCGGUUCUUUAUUCUUCUUCUUCUUCCUCAAGUGGGUUUGAUAACAAUGGCUGGGGGUCACUUACUUACUUUCCUGUGAAUGACAACUGCAUGAGUAGUUGUUUGGAGCAAAGAGAUCAUAAUGAGGGAUCGUUCGGAUUGGUGGCAGCAAAGAUGAGUGAAUUUGAGUCUUGUACCAACAUUGAUUCUUGGCUUGACUCUUCUUCUAUGAUUCCUCUGGAUCCACGUUACGUUCCCAACUUCAGGAAUCAACCAGCUUUUCUCCCUGAGGAGUUGCAUGUGACAAAGGAUUAUUCCAAGUUCAGGGAUCUCAAACUUCAUGAUGGUGAUGCUCUCUGUCAAAGUCUGAAUAUGGGUGACGUACAAUUAAACUUUAAAGCUGGUGAUGAGAUAUUUGGCUGUCAACAAGGUCAUAAGAGAUACCAGAUUGAGGACUUAGAGACAGAUUGCCUGUUGAAUGGGAAAAACUUAUCAGUUACCGAGUCUAAUGGUCAUAUUGAAAGUGCUUUAGAGGCAUCAUCUUCAGGACAACAAGAUUGUGCAGCUUUUCAAUCCUCUCGUGUUGGAAGGUCAGCUAACGUCAUGCAGGCAAUGAAUAGCAGUGGUUGCAUGGUCAUGAAUCCAUGUAGCAACAGAAGCAUCAAUCUAGGAUUUCCUGCCGGACAAGUUCAUUCAGGCAUAUCAAUUUCAGUCUCCAACAUUACUGGGGAAAGUAGUGCUGCUGAUUAUCAAGAUUGUGGAUUGUCUCCAGUAUUCCUGAAUAGUGAAUCUCCAUGGGAAUCAAAUCUGGAAGUUAGCUGCCCACAAGCAAGAGAUAAGGCUAAGAUGAGAUACAAUGAAAAGAAGAAAACACGAACAUUUGGCAAGCAAAUAAGAUAUGCCUCUCGUAAAGCCAGAGCAGAUACCAGGAAACGGGUGAAAGGUAGAUUUGUGAAAGCUGGUGAAGCAUAUGAUUAUGACCCUCUUGUGACAAGGGAUUUCUGAGCUAGAUUUCCUUAUAUCUGGAACUUCCAGCCAGGAUAGAGCAAAAAGCUAACAUAGAGGAAUUCCAGUAGCAGAUUGAGUUGGUGAAGCAAUGCAGUCUGACAAUGUCUAUGAACUCUUCUUCUGUGUUAGAGCAAGAAAAUCACAAAGAGUUCCGAGAAGGAACCCGAGAUAUGCGGUCUGAAGUGGAUCACAGAGACGCGCAGCUGAAGCAGAACAAGCAGGUGAAAAACGUGAGAAAAGCAGAUGAAGGACGUGAGGAAAGUAGAAGAACGUGGAAGAAGCCAGAAUACCAGUCGUGCCUAUCUCUGCUUAUUUUUCUUUUAAUUUAAAUUCUUUUUCUUUACUAAUUUUUAGCACCUGCUUUCUUUAUAGUCGGAAGCAGUAGUUAGAUUUCCGGAUGUUUAAACAAACACAGCACAGUCAAUAAAGGGGAGGAAAAUUUAUUCAGCAAAUCAAUGGUUUUAUUCUCACCUCAAGUAGAAUAAUUAGCAAUCACACUUUGGUUUCUGACUGGGACCUAUCAUUCUGCUUCUCUCAUGGGACCGUUGCGUGCUUCUUGCCAAAGGGCAAAAGUCCCAGUGGCAAAUGAAAUUGGUUUUGUCUUUAGAUGAAUUUAUAAUCUUUCAGUUUCUCUUCUGUGUAAUCAACAAUUUGUUUGUAAGAAUAAAGGUCUAGCUAGCAUUUCCAUUUGUUUUUUGGUUGACUUAUUCAUAGAUAUCUUGUGUAUUAGAGAACAUCUAUGGU